AUGGCGGAGUCGGAGCCCCUCCUGAGCCGGGCCCGCGGCAGCAAUGGGCGCGACUGCCCGGCCGGCUCGCUCGAUUGCGUCCAAGUCGGCCCUGGCGCCGAGGCCCGGCGGGACCUGUGCUUCGAGCAGGCGGUGAUCUUCAUUGAAGACGCGAUCCAGUAUCGCUCCAUUAACCACCGCAUGGACACCAGGUCGAUGUGGCUGUACCGGUGGUAUUACUCGGACACUUUCCAGUGGAUUUUGGGCUUCAUCAUUUUCUUGAUCCUGUUUUUGGCUUUUAUUGAGACCCCUUCCUCGUUCACCCGCACCUCGGACGUCCGCUACCGCUCCAAGCCCUGGAACCCGCCCUGCGGGCUGACGGAGAGCAUCGAGGCCCUCUGCCUGCUGGGCUUCGCCACCGACCUCUCCGUGAAGAGCUACCUGGUUGGGUGGCCCCAGUUCCGGAAGAGCCUGUGGCUGGUAGCCUACCUUGUGGUGCUGGUCGUGUCUUUCGUGGACUGGAUGGUGUCGCUGAGUCUCGUCUGCCAGGAGCCCCUGCGGCUGCGCCGGCUGCUGCGGCCCUUCUUCCUGCUGCAGAACUCCUCCAUGAUGAAGAAGAUGCUCAAGUGCAUCCGGUGGUCGCUGCCGGAAAUGGCCAGCGUGGUGCUGCUGCUGGCGCUGCACCUGUGCGUCUUCACCAUGCUCGGCAUGCUGCUCUUCACAGGCGAGAAGCAGGACGAUGGGCAGGACCGGGAGAGGCUGAUCUACUUCCGCAACCUGGCGGAGUCCCUGACCUCGCUCCUGGUGCUGCUGACCACUGCCAACAACCCUGACGUCAUGGUCCCUGCGUAUUCCAAGAAUCGGGCCUUUGCCAUCUUCUUCAUCGUUUUCACGCUGAUCGGAAGCUUGUUUCUGAUGAACCUGCUGACGGCCAUCAUCUACAAUCAGUUCCGGGGCUACCUGCUGAAAUCCAUCCAGGCCUCACUGUUCCGGAAGCGUCUGGGGACCCGGGCUGCCUACGAGGUCCUGUCCUGGACGGCCAAGGGAGAAGGCGGCCCUCAGGGAGUUGGGGUGAGGGCCCAGGACCUCCUGCACGUGCUUCAGAAAGUCCAGGCCAGCAGCACCCACAAGCAGGCCGUCAUGGAGCAGGUGCGUGCCCGUGGCGAUGGCCUGCUGUCGGCUGACGAGUUUCAGAAGCUGUUCAGUGAGUUUGACAAAAGUCUGACGAAGGAGCACCCGCCGCCGCCCGAGUACCAGUCCCCGUUCCUGCGGAGCGCCCAGUUCCUGUUUGGACACCCCUACUUCGACUACCUGGGGAACUUCUUCGUCCUGGCGAACCUCGUGUCCAUUUGUGUGUUCCUGGUGCACGACGCAGGCAUCCUGCCCCAAGACCGGGACGACUUUGUGCUGGGGAUCCUCAACUGCGUCUUCAUCCUGUACUACCUGGCGGAGAUGCUGCUCAAGGUGUUCGCGCUGGGGCUGCCCGGCUACCUGUCCUACCCCAGCAACGUGUUCGACGGCCUCCUCACCGUCAUCCUGCUGGUUCUGGAGAUCUCAACUCUGGCUGUGUACCGAUUCCCACACCCAGGCUGGAAGCCGGAGAUGCGGGGGCUGCUGUCGCUGUGGGACAUGGUGCGCCUGGUGAACAUGCUCAUCGUGUUCCGGUUCCUGCGCAUCAUCCCCAGCAUGAAGCUGAUGGCCGUGGUGGCCAGCACCAUCCUGGGCCUGAUCAGAAACAUGCGGGCUUUCGGCGGGAUCCUGGUGGUGGUGUACUACGUCUUUGCCAUCGUUGGCAUCAACCUGUUCCAGGGAGUCAUUGUGGCUCCUGGGAACAACAGCCUGGCCCCUAACGGCUCGGCGCCCUGCGGCAGCUACGAGCAGCUGGACUACUGGGCCAACAACUUCGACGACUUCGCGGCUGCCCUGGUCACGCUGUGGAACGUGAUGGUCGUGAACAACUGGCAGGUGUUCCUGGACGCCUAUCAGCGCUACUCCGGCCCGUGGUCCAAGAUCUACUUCGUGUUGUGGUGGCUGGUGUCGUCCGUCAUCUGGAUCAACCUGUUCCUGGCUCUGAUUCUGGAGAACUUCCUUCACAAGUGGGACCGCCGAGGCGACCUGCAGUCCCUCUCCGGGGACGAGAUAACCACAGUGGACCUCUUGUUCAGGGAGGUCCUGGAGGAGCCGACGGAGGAGGAGCUGAUGGCGAAGCUGCGGCAUCACCCCCACCUGCAGCUGUGCAGGUGA